AUGAUAUUUAAGAAGGGAGACCGUGACGAUCCAGGAAAUUAUAGAGGCAUUGCCCUCGUCAAUACUGGCACUAAGCUUUUUAAUGAGAUCUUGAGGAAGAGACUGGAAAAAUGGGCUGAAACUAACAACAUCUUGCCGGAAUCUCAACAUGGUUUCAGACGAGGACGCAGCUGCACAGACGCCAUCUUCUGUCUCCUAUCUGCCAUUCAUCUUCAACUGAGGUUGCCGAAAAGAGAAGUCUACGCCAUCUUCGUCAACUUUAAGAGAGCCUUCGACAGUAUACCCCACACCAAGGUUUGGCAAACGCUCCAGGUCAUCAGGGCCUUCUUCAGAGCAAAAGAGCAUGUAGGUCUGAACAUCGAUGGCCGCACUGACAUCCUGAUGCAGCUCUUCGCUGAUGACACUGUACUGCUUACAGACUCUCCCGUCAAGCUCAAGUCCCUCCUCAACAUCCUGGCUGAUUACUGUGCUGAAAAUGGCCUGACAGUCAACGCCUCGAAAAGUAAAAUUAUGACGUUCAAGGCUGCCGGUCGACCCAAAUACUUAGAUACUCGUUUCACCAUGUAUGAUGGCACACCUCUUGAAAUGGUUUAUUCAUAUGCGUACCUUGGAGUCCUCAUCUCUGGCAUAGCAAGAUCUAAUAUCCCCAUGAACGCGGCCUUUGGGAAAGCUCGUUCAGCCACGGCCAGCACACUGUCAAUUAUCUUUAGGUCUCACUGUGACAAUUGGAGCUCAUACUUGAAGCUGUUUGACAGUUCGGUAUCCUCCACCCUCCUUUAUGCUAUCCCGGCCUGGGAUAUUCGAUGCCUAGGUGAGAUCGAGGUCAACACCCAUUCUUAUUCCUUCUCAUUCACCAAUGGUUCCCUGAAAAAGCUUCGCUACCAGACAUCUACGAGUUGA